GUCAGUGGUCACUCUGCGUGUAUCCCUUCCCAUUUCCAGUGAAAUCAAAGCCAAAGCCCUAAAAUUGUAAUCCCUAAAAUCAAACCCCUAACUCAGACGCUCACUGCUCAGUACCUCGCGACGCAGCCGACGGCCUCACGCCUGCGACGUACGUAUCCGGCGGUCGCAUCUCCUUGGCUCCUCACCGGCGUUCAAUACUCCUUCGUCUCCUCGGCUCCUCACCAGCGAAGUGCGAAGACUGCGAACUGCUCAGGCUAUGGAUGUGGAUGAGGAAAAUUCUGUGGAACCUACAGAGACUUCUUCUGUUAUUACUGAUAAUCAGAAUGUAGCUUCUGCCCUGGGUGCAAUUUCACUUCAACCAGUUCAACCACUUGCACCACCCGUAAUCAUACCUCCUAUUGCACCUGCCAUUGCUCCAAGACCUGUAGUUGCUCCGCCUCUGGCACCUCUCCCUGUUCGACCAUCAGUCCUUAAGCCUCCUUCAGUGACACAGAAUGGAGACAUGCGAGCUAGUGAUUCAGAUUCUGACCAUGAUGAAUCAGGAUCAGGUGCAAUGGCUGGCUCUACUCAAGAAUAUGAGAUUUCUGAAGAGAGCAGACUGGUGAGAGAGAGACAAGAAAAAGCCAUGCAGGAGCUUCUUUUGAAGCGAAGAGCUGCUGCUCUGGCAGUCCCUACAAAUGACAUGGCUGUUCGAGCUCGUCUUCGUAGACUUGGUGAACCCAUAACCUUUUUUGGGGAAAGGGAAAUGGAAAGACGAGAUCGACUGCGAGCACUUAUGGCGAGACUUGAUGCAGAAGGGCAGCUGGAAAGACUGAUGAAAGCUCACGAGGAUGAAGAAGCUUCAGCUUCUGCUGCACCCACUGAGGAGGAGGAGAUUCAAUACCCAUUUUAUACUGAGGGAUCAAAAUCUCUUUUACAGGCCCGAAUAGAAAUUGCAAAGUACUCUAUUCUGAAGUCAGCCUUGCGUCUUGAUCGUGCUAGGAGAAAAAGGGAUGAUCCUGAUGAAGAUUUGGAUGCUGAAAUAGAUUUGGCUUUAAACCAGGCAGGAAGCCUGGUCCUUGAUUGCAGUGAAAUUGGAGAUGAUCGACCACUUUCUGGUUGCUCACUAUCACAUGAUGGUGAGAUGCUUGCCACCUGUGCUCUGAAUGGAGUUGCAAAAUUGUGGAGCAUGCCUCAAGUACAGAAGGUUUCUACCCUUAAGGGGCACACCGAGCGAGCUACUGAUGUUGUAUUCUCUCCCACAUCCAAUCAUCUAGCAACUGCAUCUGCUGAUCGAACUGCAAGGUUGUGGAAUGCAGAAGGGUCUCUUUUGAGGACAUUUGAGGGCCAUUUGGAUCGUCUAGCCCGGAUUGCCUUCCAUCCAUGUGGAAAGUACUUGGGCACAACUAGCUUUGACAAGACUUGGAGAUUAUGGGAUGUAGAAACUGGUGAAGAAUUGCUUCUUCAAGAAGGUCACAGUAGGAGUGUAUAUGGACUAUCUUUUCACCAUGAUGGUUCCUUAGCUGCAUCUUGCGGACUAGAUGCUCUUGCUCGUGUUUGGGAUCUUAGGACAGGAAGAAGCAUUCUUGCUUUCGAAGGCCAUGUUAAACCUGUUCUAGGUAUCAGUUUUUCUCCUAAUGGGUAUCAUUUAGCUACUGGUGGUGAAGAUAAUACUUGCCGAAUUUGGGACCUAAGGAAGAGAAAAUCCCUUUACACAAUACCUGCUCACUCUAAUCUCAUCUCUCAAGUUAAGUUUGAACCCCAGGAAGGAUACUUUUUGGUGACUGCUUCAUAUGAUAUGACGGCUAAGGUGUGGUCAUCAAGAGAUUUUAAGCCAGUGAGGACACUAUCUGGGCACGAAGCCAAAGUUACAUCAUUGGAUGUUGGGGCAGAUGGACAAUUUGUUGCUACAGUUUCACAUGAUCGAACUAUAAAGCUAUGGUCUACCAAAAGCAGUGAAAAGGAAAAAGCAAUGGAUAUUGACUAGGAUGUAGAACUGAGAAGGGUAGUUGAAGAACAAUAUCUGAAGCAGCAAUGAGAAAAGGAUGGGCAUUUGGAUAGCAGCAUCAUCAACUGGUGAAGAACUGACUUGACUUUUAAUACAGUGCCCAAAGUGAGGGAAGUAUAUUUUCAGUUUCAGCGCACAACUGAUUGCUUUGUUUCCUGCCCAGUUAUUUCAAGUGACCUUGUGGACUGAAAUUAUUGGAUAUUAGUUGCAUAAUGGAUGCUGUUGGUUAAGUAUUGGAAGUAGCAACUUUGUAAUCAAAAGAAAAGAGUACUAUUUUUAUAAUGA